AUGUGUUAUCUCUCGUUGAAAGAUUUCGAAAGCAGAGCGUAUGAAUAUGCGGAACACCACAAUCGGCAGCAAGCGAAUCCACUUUACCACUAUGCUGUAAGCUCCUGGGGGCAUCAUGCUCGCGAGGCUUCGAUGACAAUGGAUCACUCGAUUAUACAUUUUCUACAAGCCGAGGCCAAAGUCUCCAGCAUCAGCCAAGCUUUGAUGGUGUCUCAGGACUACUUCAACAGCCUAGAUCUCGGGGGGAAAACAUGUGUGCAUAUCGGGACACUCUUUGGUUUAAAGGAAGUUGUCGUGGAUCUACUCAGCAAUGGGGAUACUCCGGAUCCUAGAGACUCUGACGGAAAGACACCACUGCUGUAUGCGGCAGCACACGGUUACAAUGCGUUAGUUGACCUGUUGCUUACAACGUACGGUGUUGAUCCAGACGCCGAGGCCACAAGACCUCCAUAUGAUAAAGGACGCACACCACUGUCGUUUGCGGCAGAAAUGGGCAAGGAGGCAGUGGUAAAACUGCUACUCGCGCGGCAGGAUGUUAACCCCAAUUCUAAGAACACUGCAUCCAGUUGGACUCCGCUAGGUUACGUAGGAGAAAAAGGACACGAGGAUAUAAUAAAACAGCUACUUGACAAGGGUGCCAACCCUAACGUGCAGCUGACCGGCUCGUACGGUAGAGAGUGA